UCAUCAGUAGCAGCUUGCUUUACCAAACAAAAAAAUAGUUAAAUGUGUCCAGACACGUCCUAUGGAUGUUCGGCAAUGUGUUUUAAAUACACUUAUUUUUACACCUUAGUACCGUUAAUCGUUUUUUUAUUUAAAAUUUCACUUCCAGUUAGGGACGGCGUUGUUUGUUUGCUGCUAACGUUAUAGAUGGCUACGGCCGUUUCGACGGCACCAGUAGCUGAAGCUAAUUUAGUUAACUUUUCACCAACACGUUUUCCAGAAAUAAACAAACGGCUUGUAAAAAUGUAUAUAUUAAGUUAAAUGAUUCAUUUUUUUACUUCGGUGAGUAAAGAACCGUCGGUGUCCCCAUCUUUCAUCAAACCAGCUGGCUACUACAAGUAUCUUUUUGUUGGUAUAUUGACCUAAGCUAGUUGACAAACAUUCCCGACAAUGAGCUCACUAAGUUACUCCCCCCUUGUUAAAGAAGAGGAGGUCUGCUGGACGGAGAAAGAGGGUCUGUGGGUGAACAGUGUCGUGGAAGAGGACGUUAUUACAGUGAAGGAGGAGGAUGAAGAAGAGGAUGCCGUUUUUGGAGUGAUGAAGGAGGAGGAGGAGGAUGUUACAGUGAAAGAGGAGGAAGAACCUUUUGGAGAGGAAGAGCAGGAUAUCUCAAAAGAGGAAGAGGAAGUUGUUUUGGGAGUGCAAGAGGAGGUGACUGAUGAUCUGAUUAACACCCGAGAGAGACCAGACUCUCACUCUGACAGCGGGAAGAGUCCUUCAGAGGAUCCAGAUCCAGAGAUAUCCAAACCAGCAAGACAACACCACUACUGCCAUUGUGGAAAGAGUUUUUGGUGGUUAGGGCACUUUAGAGACCAUAAGAGAAUGCACAUAGGGGAGAAGCCUUACCAAUGCUCCCAGUGUGAAAAAAGUUUUAGCCACUUGUGGAGCCUGAAAUGCCAUAAUAGAAUACACACAGGAGAGAAGUCUUUCCACUGCUCCCUGUGUGGAAACAGUUUUACCCACUUAAGGGCCCUGAAAAGACACGAAAUGACACACACAGAAGAUAAGGCUCAUCACUGCUCCCAGUGCGGAAAGAGUUUUACCCUGUUAGGGAGCCUGAAAAGACAUGAGAUAAUACACUCUGGAGAAAAGCCUCACCACUGCUCUCAGUGUGGAAAGAGUUUCAGCUGGUUAACAAGCCUGAAAAUACAUGAGAGAACACAUACAGGGGAAAAGCCUUUCCACUGCUCUCAGUGUGGGAAAAGAUUUUCCCAGUUAGGGGAUCUAAAAGAACAUAAUAGAACGCACACUGGAGAAAAGCCUUACCACUGUUCCCAGUGUGGGAAGAGAUUCACCCGGUCAGGAAACCUGAAAAAUCAUGAGCUAACACACUCUGUAUAUAAGCCUUAUCACUGCUCCCAGUGUGAAAAAACAUUUUUUUCAUCAAAUGCCCUGAAACAACAUGAGUUAACACAUGCUGAAGAGAAACCUUUCCACUGUUCCCAGUGUCGAAAGAGAUUUUUCUUAUCAGGGCACCUGAAAAGACAUGAGCUAAUACACUCUGCGGAGAAGCCUUUCCAAUGUUCUUAUUGUGAAAAGAGUUUUAAGAGUUUAUGGAACAUGAAAGUGCAUCAAAAAACACACACAAAGGAGAAGCCUUCCACUGCUCCCACUGUGGGAUGAAAUGUACAUGGUUUCAACAAUUCAAAGAGCAUGAAAAAUCAACAGCUGAGAGAAGUUAUUAGUGGUCCCAGAGUGGGAAGGGAUAUAGAACAACACAUGGGAUGAGAGCCAUUUGUGAAAGAAAAUCUAUUGAAGAUAGUUUGGUUUAUUUAUUGUAUAUAAAAAUGUUGUGAAAGAUAUUAUUCAUGUGGAAUAUCCCUUUACCAUGUUCCUUUACCUGUAAAGGGUAACAUCUAAGAUGACGUGAGGGAACAUUUAUUUGGACAGUUUUUUUGGGGGGGGUAUCUGUACUUUACUUUUUUUUAAACUUAUUUUGCUACAUUCCUAAAGAAAAAAUAAUGUACUUUUUUUACUCCAUACAUUUCCCUGACACCCAAACGUACUCAUUACAUUUAGAAUGCUUAGCAGGACAGGAAAAUGGUCCAAUUCACACACUUAUCAAGAGAACAUCCCUACUGUGUCUGAUCUGGCGGACUCACUAAACAGAAACGCUUCAUUCGUAACUGAGUCAGGGGCUCCAACCCUUAAGACAUAUCUGUGAAUAAAAAGAAAAAAAAGAAAAUUGUGCUGUCUGGUUUGCCUAGUAUAAGGAAUUUGAAAUUAUUUAUACUUUUUACUUUUAAAAUCAUAUACUUUUAGACUUUUACUCUAGUAUUUUACCGGGUGACUUUCACUUUUAGUUGAGUCAUUUUCUGUUAAGGCAUCUUUACUUUUACUCAAGUAUGAUGUUGUAUGUAUGAUUUAUCAAGUAUGGUUGGGUCCCACCACUGUUCAUCAACAAACUGUGUGACAAACCUGAACUUUCUUUUUGUGAGUAGCCUACAAUAAAUGUUUUUUUUUUUGGACAAUGUUGGGCCAUUACCAAUGUCCACUAGGGCGCACAUGGCCACUAGGGCGCACAUGACCACUAGGGCGCACAUGUCCACUAGGGCGCACAUGGCCACUAUGGCGCACAAGUCCACUAGGGCGCACAUGGCCACUAGGGCGCACAUGGCCACUAGGGCGCACAUGGCCACUUGGACUUAAAGUUCAUGCAGUUCAAGAACACACACACAGUGCUCCCAUUGUCUGAUAUUUUUGACUGAGAACAUGUUUUUGUUUUUGAGGUUCCUGACUAGAUAGACUGCAUGCACAGAGACUGUCCUGACUCGAUACACUGGGGGGUGGCAGGGUAGCCUAGUGGUUAGAGCGUUGGACUAGUAACCAGAAGGUUGCGAGUUCAAACCCCCGAGCGGACAAGGUACAAAUCUGUCGUUCUGCCCCUGAACAGGCAGUUAACCCACUGUUCCCAGGCCAUCAUUGAAAAUAAGAAUUUGUUCUUAACUGACUUGCCUGGUUAAAUAAAGGUACCAUUUUUAAUAAAAAAACUCGAUAGACUGCAUGCACAGAGACUGUCCUGACUCGAUAGACUCGUUAUUCACCUUGUUGUUGAAAUACGUCAUUAAAGACAUUAGCGAGACGUACAAUUGCGCAACUAAAAUCUUCUCUGCAAAAACGUCUAGAUUAAUUUACAGAUUUCUUGAUUUAACUAAUUAAUUGAUUAAUUCUGAUUAUUUUGGAAGUGCAGUUGUCAUAUUAUAUGGUUAAAUCUAAGAUUGUGUGAGGGAACUUUGAUUUGAACAGGUGUACACUGCAUUUGCUAAAAGACUCUGAGACCAUGAGAAACAAGAUUCUCUAGUCUGAUGAAACCAAAAUUGAACUCUUUGGCCUGAAUGCCAAGUGUCACGUCUGGAGGAAACCUGGCACCAUCCCUACGGUGAAGCAUGGUGGUGGCAGCAUCAUGCUGUGGGGAUGUUUUUCAGCGGCAGAGACUGGGAGACUAGUCAGGAUCAAGGGAAGUACAGAAAGAGCAUUGAUGAAAACCUGCUCCAAAGCGCUCAGGACCUCAGACUGGGGCGAAGAUUCACCUUCCAACAGGACCACAAGCCUAAGCACACAGCCAAGAAAACGUAGGAGAGGCUUCGGGACAAGGUCUCAAUGUCCUUGAGUAGCCCAACCAGAGACCGGACUUGAACCUGAUCGAACAUCUCCGGAGAGACCUGAGAAUAGCUAUGCAGCAACGGUACACCUGACAAAGCUUGAGGGGAUGUGCCAAGCUCGUAGCGUCAUACCCAAGAAGACUCGAGGCUGUAAUCGCUGCCAGAGGAGCUUCAACAAAGUACUGAGUAAAGUGUCUGAAUACUUAUGUAAAUGUGGUAUUUACAUUUGAUAAAUUUGAUAACAA